CGGCGGCGGCUGCGGGCGGCCCCCGGGGCGCCCGUCCCCGCGCGCGGCGCCACUGGCCGGGGCCCCGCGCUGAGAUGCCGCGGGCCGGGGCGCCCCGCGCGCUGCCCCGCAGCCUGUCCCGCCUGCGCCCGUGCCCGGGCCGCUCCCGCAUCGUGCUGGCGCUCGGGGCCACGCAGAUGGCGCUCGGAUGCCUCAUCGUGGCCGUGAGCUUCGCCGCGCUGGCGCUCACCACCUCGGCGCGCGUCCGCCACUCCUGCCCCUUCUGGGCCGGCUUCUCGGUUCUGCUCUCAGGACUCAUCGGCGUGGUGUCCUGGAAGAGGCCGUUGUCCCUUGUGAUAACCUUUUUCAUGCUGCUCUCCGCAGUCUGUGUGAUGUUGAAUUUGGCCGGCUCCAUCCUGUCCUGCCAGAAUGCUCAGCUUGUCAACUCCCUAGAAAGCUGUCAGUUGAUCAAGUUCGACAGCGUGGAGGUGUGUGUCUGCUGUGAGGUGCGGCACCAGCCUUCCGGAUGCAGCAACCUGGGCGAGACGCUGAAGUUGAACCCGCUGCGGGAUGACUGCGACGCCGUGAGGCUGACCCUGAAGGACCUCCUCUUCAGCGUGUGUGCCCUCAAUGUCGUCUCCACCAUCGUGUGUGCCUUGGCCACUGCCAUGUGCUGCAUGCAGAUGGUCUCCUCGGAUGUCCUCCAGAUGUUCCUGCCGCAGAGGGCGCACUCGGCCAGCCCCGCCUGCCUCACGCCGCACGGCACCAUCCUCCAGCACGCCCUGGACUUCGAUGAGUUUGUCCCCCCUCUCCCGCCUCCGCCCUAUUACCCCCCUGAGUACACCUGCACGCCCACAGCCGAGGCCCCCAGGGGCCUCCAGCUGGACUUCGCCGCGUCUGCCUUCAGCGCCUUGUAUGAUGUGGCCAUCAACAGCCCCGGCUUGCUCUACCCCACCGAGCUGCCGCCGCCGUACGAGGCUGUGGUGGGCCCCGGGCCUGCCAGCCAGCUGGCAGGUCCGGAUUUGCAGGGGAUCGAGUCCAGCUCCCGGGCCCCGGGCCCCACCGCCGGCUUCAACACCCAAGCAGCAGCUGACAGCACCAGCCUCCCGGUGACUGAGGGCCCCUCCACUCCCGGCCCGAGCCGCCUGGCCCCUGAUGGUCCCUCAGGAGCACCCCUGCCCCCAGUGGCAACCCAGCACUCCAGCUGCAUGUCCCCCAAGGACAGGGACCAGGACACGCAGACACAGCAGAGCCCUGGGCGCGUGACCCGCUCGGCCAGCGACCCCACUUCCUGCGUCUACCACGCGGCAGCUGGUCUGCGUCGCUCUGUCACAGCGUCCUGUGCUCGCCGAGGCUUCCGGGACACUGCCACCUGGAAGCCCCACACACGCUCCAAGCCUGACGCCUUCCAGCCUCUGGCCAAGGAGCGACCGUGUGCCGUCACAGACAGCCAAGCCUAUGCCACUGAUGCGCGGGUGCUGGUGGCAAAGUUUCUGGAACAUUCGAACUGCGCCCUCCCUCCCGAGGUGCGGCACGUGGUGGGCCCCGUGUGCCCUGCCGGGCCCCCAGAGGAGCGGUGCGUGGACGAGACCCUCCUUGGCACUGGGCUGCUGGACCAGGUGUGAUGCCAGUGCCGCAGGUCCGGAUGCAGAGGCCCAGAGACGGGCACUUCUCCCCUGGACGCCUCCCCUCUUUGGGGGUGCAACUGACGCCACUUCCCAAUGGAUCCAGCGAGUGUGGGGAAGGGACUCUGCCCCCACCAUGAGCACGUGGACCCUGGGCCAUGUGGGGCCUGGUGACAGCUGGCCUGGGGU